AUGAGUGAUUUGAACUCCAGUUUAUUGCAAAACAUGUCAUUUGUGCAUCCUGAGUACUUUUACAUCAGUGGAUUUUCUGGAAUACCUUUCGUCCAAUAUUACUUCAUUUUUUUGUUUUUUAUCUAUUUCAUCGCUGUGUUUGGGAACUCAUUAGUACUUAUCAUGAUAUUUACUGAACAAAGUCUACACGUUCCUAAAUACAUAGGAAUCUUUAAUUUAGCUUUGGCAGACUUUGGUGAAACAAAUGCACUGAUUCCCAACCUAAUGAAGACCUUUCUUUUUGAUUCACAGUACAUAUCCUACAACGCUUGUUUGGCAAACAUGUUUUUUAUGUUUUUCUUCAGCAAUGUACAAGCUUUAACUCUUGUUGUCCUGGCAUAUGAUCGUUUUAUCGCCAUUUGCUUGCCCUUAAGAUAUCAUGCCAUUGUGAAUAACUCCAUCAUGUCUGCAGCUGUAAUGGUAGUAUGGUCAUUUAGCACUGUUGUGAUUGGCACAAUGGUAGGUUUGAUCACUCGACUUUCCUUUUGUAAAACCAAUGUGGUGAAAAGCUAUUUUUGUGACCAUGGACCAAUUUAUACAAUUGCUUGUAAUGACAACACCAUAAAUUCAGUUAUAGCAAAACUUUCUACCAUACUAUGCAUCUAUGCACCCUUGAUUGCAAUAAUUGUAUCAUAUUUAGGCAUUUUGCUGGCAUUAAGAAAGAUUACAACAUGGGCUGGACGGCUUAAAGCGCUCAAGACUUGUAUCUCCCAUCUGUUAGUAGUAGGAAUAUUUUUCCUCCCUGUAUUAAGUACAUACAUUGCUGCAUUAACUUUUUCUCUCCAUCCCAAUGCUAGGAUAAUCAGUACUUCACUAUCGAGUGCCAUUCCACCUAUGCUAAAUCCCAUUAUUUAUGUCUUGAACACAAAGGAAUUCAAAGGCUUCAUUUUGAAAAUGCUCAAAAAGAGAUCCGGCGUAAGAGCCCAGGUUUUAUCAAACUGA